AUGUCGGAAGUUAAAACGUCCACUCCAGCAGGUCCUCCACGAAGGGUCAGCCGCUCAGCCCCAGAGGUGACCAACCCCACCAAGCCAGGCCGCAAGACCAACCAGUUACUUUACUUGGAGAAUACUGUGUUAAGGAGUCUGUGGCGGCACCGGUUUGCCUGGCCCUUUUGCCAGCCAGUUGAUACCAUCAAACUUGAACUGCCGGACUAUCACGAUAUAAUCGCGUCUCCAAUGGACAUGGGAACAAUUAAGAAAAGACUGAAGAACCACUACUAUGGGAGUGCCAGUGAAUGUAUACAAGACUUCAAAACUAUGUUCAACAAUUGCUACAUGUAUAACAAGCAAAAUGAUGACAUAGUGCUGAUGGCACAGACCUUGGAAAAAAUGUUCAUGCAAAAGGUUGCGAUGAUGCCCCAAAAAGAAGAGGAGCUUUUACCUACUACACCUCAGGCCAAGCCAAAGGUCAAGCCCAAGACCAGGUUCAAGUUCAAGCCCAAGGCCAGAAAAAAAAUUGUUUCAGGUGGACAGGAUGGAACCGUGACCUCCUGCUCUCCAGCUACACCACCUAUGUCUCUGGCAGGCCUUUACAUCACUACCUCGAACUCUUCCUCAGAUCCCAACCUUUCAACCAAGAGUACACUCAAAAAGAAAGGGCUGAAGAGAAAAGCAGAAAUCACUACCAUCAUGACCUCAGCAAACACAAUGGGCUUGAGGGAUUCAGCAGAGUUCAAGGUGAAACGUGAAAGCAGAGGCAGAGCCAUCAAACCACGAAGGAAGGAUGUUGAAGAAGAGAGGAUGACCCAGCAUACAACCAGACGGGGUAAACUUAGUGAACAGCUCAAGUUUUGUGAUGGUAUCCUGAAAGAUUUGCUCUCGAAGAAGCACGCAGCCUAUGCCUGGCCCUUCUACAGACCUGUUGAUGCUCAGGCUCUGGAGCUACAUGAUUACCAUGAAAUCAUCAAAUACCCCAUGGAUCUUGGCACUGUAAAAAGAAAGAUGGAUGGACGCGAGUACCAGGAUGCACAGGAAUUUGCUGCAGAUGUCCGUUUAGUUUUCUCAAAUUGCUACAAAUAUAAUCCACAAGAUCAUGAGGUUGUUUUUAUGGCUAGAGCACUGCAGAAUGUGUUUGAGGUGAAAUUUUCAAAGUUACCAGAUGAGCCUUUAGACUUGAGCUUACCAUCAGGUGGUGUGGUCACUAUGAGCACAACCUUAAGCAACAGCAGUGACAACCCCUCCAGUUCGGACGUUUCCGACAUGGAGGAGAAACGCGCCGCCCAACUUGCUGAGCUGCAGGAACAGCACCCAAAUGGUAAUGAACAGGGGGAGAAAGGGGUGCAUCAAGAAUUAUCAGCAUCCUGCACUCUCUCCGAGCCCUGUGAGUAAACCAAAGAAGAACAAAGACGGAGACAGG